AUGGCAAUAAAUUUAUUUUAAUCCUCUAAUACUAAUAACAUAUUCAACCCAUUCACUAAUAACUCUAAUCCUUUUCCAACAUAAAAUAAGUAUAAAUACAAACAUCAUAUAUAGCUUUAAUCCAACAGUCCCAGGAUCUUACAGAGGAACUUUCAAAUCGCAAAGAAUUACAUACGGACUAUUGGAUGUUGAUGAUUAGAAUACAAAUUUAUAUACAACUAACAUAUUUAUGUAACAAGAAUAUAAAGGAAUUGUAUAGUAUUGAUAUUUAUAUAGAGUGCAUUUCAAAUUAGAUUAGAAGAUUAUUAUUUGAUUAGAUCACAAUAAAUAUAGGACCAUCAUAAAUCAUAAUUAGAAGUAGCUGUGAGGAAAAAUAAUUUUAAUUCUAAAUUGAUAAGAUUCACAAAUUAACAAAGUUUUUAUUACUUAUUACAAUAGAUCUAAAACCGCCAUAAUUUCAAGAUUAAUAUGAUAUAUUCAAAAGAUAAAACAAUCCAUUUAGCCAAUCUAAUGAUCUCUUUAGAUAACCCAAUAGUAACCAAAAUAUCUUCAACAAUCCAUCAAAUAAUAAUAGAACAAACAUUUUCCCCAAUAAUUCAAAUGAUUUAUUCAAUAAAAAUAAUAAUAAUCCAUAGAAUAUAUUUAAUGCUCCUCCAUCUAAUAAUUUAUUUAAUACUAAUAACAAUUCAACAGCAAAUUUAUUUCAAUAAUAAACUAAUAAUUCAAAUAACAUCUUUUAAUAAAAUAAUAGAGCUUUUAAUUCAGGAAAUAAUAAUAAUAAUAAUAUUUUUAAUUAAUCUACUAAUAUUUUUAAUUAAUAACCCAACAAUACUAAUAUUUUUAAUAGUUAAAAUCUCUUUUCCAAUAAUAAUCUUUUCAAUUCCAAUAAUAUAUUUAAUCAACCUCAAUAAAAUAUUUUUAAUUAACCUAUUAUGUUUUAAUAUCCUAAUAAUAGCAAUAUUGUAUAACCUAUAUUAUAACCAUCUUUAUUAGGAUCAUUAGACUAUUUGAAAAUUUAAGAGAAUUAAUUUAAAGAUUUUACAUAAUAAGUUGAUUCUUAAAUAGUGAUGUUUGAAUAAUAGAAGUAAUUGAGUUUAGAAGAAUAUGAUUCUAUGUUAAGAGACAGUUCUAAAAUGAAUUUCGAUUAUAGAUUGUAAAAUUAAUAUACUCAAAGUAUGAAAUCUACAAAAUCUAAUAAAUUCUAAAAUCAGAAAUCUAUCAGUUAGAAUAAUAAAACUUUAAGUAUUCGUUAAGAUAAAAAAACAUCUUCUACAUAUUAAGCACAUAGUUUGAAUACAGAAACUAAAAGUAUUUUUAAUAGAGAAGAUAGAAAACCAAUUUCAAAAUUUUAAGAUAAUUGUCAAUAUACUGACUCUAAAAGUGAAUUUAGAAGUUUCGUUUAAAGAGAUGAUAGAAAAUCAUAAUAAAUGUAUUGGGUUGAUAUAGAAAUUAAAUUUUUAGAAAGUGAAAAGUUUUUAUCUAUUUACUAAGAAUUUUAAAAUAAAUGUAGAAUUUACAAUGUUAAAUAAUUUAUAGAAGAUCAUCUUGAAAAUAUUGAAAUUUUUGGUUCAUUAUCAUAAUAAUAUUUUAGCAAUUGUUUAAUUUAUAAUGAAAAUAAUCUCAUUAUUGAUAAUUCAAUCUCACUUUCCAAAUUAUCAGAACAUAGAUUAACAUUCCAUUAUUUUUAUGUCAAAUUACCUAAAUUAAUUAGAAAUGGAUAUUAAUCCAAUUUACAUGAAUUUCCUGAUCUUAAACAAGUAUAAAACUUUAAAGUUUCCAAUUAAUUUGGUAAGAUUGUUUGGACUCAACCAAUUAAUAUAUAUUAUAUAGAUUUAGAUAAAGUUAUUGAUAUUUAAUAGGAAUCAAUUGAAGUUUAUGAUAAUACUAAAAUACAUCAAUUAUUAAAACCAGAUAUUGGUGUUAAGUUAAAUACUGAAAGUUUAAUAACAUUCAAAUAUUAAUUGAAAAAUCCUUAAAUAAAUGAAACCAAAUUUAAAAAUAAUUUGAUAGUUUAAGCCUAAAAAUAAGGCUUAUAAUUUAUAUCAAUUGAUUUCUUAAAUUAGGAAUAUACUGUAAAAGCUUUUCAUUUUAGUGGAUAUCAUUUUAAUUCUGAUUAUUCUAAUACUGAUAAUCAGAAUUAUUAAGAUUAAUAAUAAUAGGCAGAAAUACAAUCUAGUGGAGAUGGAGAUAUAUCUGAAUCAGAGGAAAAUGAUUCUUUGUCUUUAGAAAAUCAAAGUUAAUUUUCACUUUAAUUAAAAUAAUAAUUUGAUAUUAAUUUUUAAAAUUUGAGAAAUAAAGAGAAAUAAAUUAAUUAUCAAUCUUCAAAUGAAAUUAUAAAUAAAUUUAAUUAAAAAGUCUCUCAAAAAAUAGUGAUUCCACUUAAUUUUGUUUAAUAAAAUUAAUAAUUACAAAUUGAUUAGAAAUUACUUCAACAUUACUUUGAUAAUUGUUAAAAUUAAAAUUAAAAUUAAAAUCAAAUAAAAAAUAGUUAAAAUAUAUCUAUUUUAUUACUUGAUAGUUUAUAUUAAUGUAUGACUACAAGCGAGGAAAUAAUAAGAUCAUUUCAAUUAUUUAAUAUAUUAUUUGGUAUUCCAACAAUAGAUAUUGUUCACUUUCUAUAAUUGCAAUCAAAUUAUUUGGUAUCAUUAAAAGAUGUUAUGAAUAUUCCAAAAAUAAAAAAUAUAAGAGGAUUACGUUUAAGUUUAUAUUUAGAAUAAUUUAAAAUAUAUUUUACAUAAGUAGAAUUUAGAGAAUAACAAAUUUCUUAAUAAUAAUAAAAUUUAAUUUAAAAUGUCUUUAUUAGUUUAAAUUUAAAACCUAAUAAUUAUAAAAAGAUUAAAUUAAAUCAAAAUGAUUGGAUUGAUAGAUUUACAGAUUGGAGAAUUAAUAAAUCUUAACCAUAACCAUUAUAUGAAAGCUAAUGGUGGAUAGAAUUAUACAAUGAAUAAAAAGAUUAUUAGAUAGUUUCAUCAUAAUAUGCUGCAUUAAUAUACUAUUUACUUAAGAAAACUGAAUAACCACUCAAAGAAUAUAAAAACCUGUAUGAAUAUUUACAUAAUAAUCUUGAUACAUAUACAAUAAUUUUAUUAAAUAUCAUACUUAGUAAAUAAAAAAAAGUGUCAGAAUAAUUAAAAAUAAUUGGAAGAGCUGUUAUUACAAAAUUAUUGAAAUCUUCAAUUUCUAAAUAAUUGAUAUUUAGUAUUUUAGAGACAUUUAGAGAUAAAGUGUUUUAGAAAGAAGAAAUAUUAAGAGUUUAGUAAAUACUUGGAAAAUUGGAAUAUUUUAAUAAUUUAAAUGGUAAGGAUGUUAAUGAUGUGGAUGUAUAAAUAGAUAAAAAAUAGUUUAUUUAAGCUGCAAAAAUCAUAAUUGAAAAAAAGCUGGAGAUUCAAUACUAUACUAUUUUAAAUGAAACUAUAUUGCCUUAUUUAAUUAUUUGUGAUUAUUAUAAUGAAAAUGAUCUAAGAGUUAUUAUUAAACAUAUAAUAAAAAAUAAUAAUUCUUAAGAAAAUGAUAUAAUAAUAAUAUGUUAGGUAUGAUUAUAUUUUAGUUUAGAUGUAUUUAAAAGAAAGAAAUAUAGAUGAGUCAUAAAUUAUGAAAUGGAUAACAAAAAAUGAAUAUCAAUAUCAUAUGAAAUAGAUCAUGUUAAAAGUAUGCACUGAUUAAUUUUGA